AUGGACUACAGUGCCCAGUUUCGCAGGGAGGCCACCGGUGAGCUGACCCUUAAACCAUCACCUGAGGCAGUAGCUCUUGCUGCUGCCUACAGGAAAAAUCCCACCCCGGGCCGUUCAUGGCCUGCGGUAAGGGUCAAGGAGGAGGCCAUCGCUCGCGUGGCAGCAGCGGGUGGUGACACGUCUUGUCACCAGCUCGUGCUCAGCGAAAGCGCACUGCAGUUCGGCCAGUACCGGGGUAAAACCUUUAAAUGGUUGCUUUCCAACGAUGUUGGUUAUGCAGCCAUGGUGCUGGCCGUGCAUCAGCGGGAGCGUGAGGCUGGUGACACCACCCAAUCGUUCAUCAUGGGAAACAAGGAUGCAUUGCUGCGGUAUGCUGGCUUGUUUCCUGUCAUGAUGGCUGCCAUCAGCGAGCGACGCGUCAGAGAGGGCCAUGGCACACCAGCCCAGGAAGACCAGGUUCUUGUUGGAUUUGGCAACUUUGCUGCCAUGUCCUUCAAAGACCUUUAUGAGGCAACGGACCGUGACAGAAAAGGAUUUGUCAAGUGGGUAAAAAAGCAGAGUUCUAGACCUGGCACAAAGAUGGAACUUUUUCAGAAGUAUAUAAGGAGAAGAGAUGCUGAGAUGCUGCCAGGAUCAGCACCUCCAGUGGCUGCCUCCAGCUCAGCUCCUGCAGAAGAACCAUCUGAUGAAGCUCUGCUUGCUGUAGUGUCACACAUGGAUGUUUCAGGUGGGAAUUACCUGACUUGGCUCCUGAACCACCCGUCCGGCCUGAACCUGUGCCCUCUGCGUCGAGAGCUGCUGCGCCAGAAAAGCAGCCUCUGCCCACAGAGGAACUGCUGCUGCCAGAAGGCUGGAGACAGACACUUCCCAAGGAGCAGCAUUUGUGGGUCAGCAAGGCUCUUUUCACCAGAGACAAGUCUGGCAGACUGGCACUGA